AUGAUGAAGUCCGUAGCAAGCCUGAUUGAAUUCUGGGAACAGCUAACAAGUGCUGGUGACAAGCUUGUGGCCGUUGAUUUCUCUGCCCCCUGGUGUGGACCAGGCAAAACGAUUAAACCUUUCUUUCAUAGUCUUUGUGACCAGUACCCGGCUGUAAUAUUCUUUGAAAUUGACGUGGAUGAAGCUCAGGAUGUGGCCGCACAGUGUGAUGUGAAGUGCAUGCUGACAUUCCAGUUCUACACGAAUAAUGAAAAGGUGCAUGAAGUUUCUGGUGCAGACAAAGAGAAGCUGGAAGACACUAUUAAGAAGUUCAAGUAA